GCCGUGCCGUGAGCGCACUAAAGCACGGCACACAGGAAAACAGCACAUCUGCGGGAGAAACCACACAUCUGGAUCUGCUUUUUUAGAGGAGUGAGAUAUUCAUAGAAACAUGGAGCACGACAUACAAGUAACAACAUCAUCCAUCCUUUCCACAAUCCCUACGAACGUCUCCGGGAACAGCCUCACCAACGACACCCAGUGUCCGCAUUGGGAAAUGUGGGACUGGUUGUACGUCAUGCAGCCUACUUUCAUGUUCACCAUCUGCGUGCUGGGAAUCCUGGGAAACGUCUUCGUCCUGCUGGUCUUCGGCCUGCAUAAGAAAGCGUGUACGGUGGCGGAAAUCUACUUGGGGAACCUGGCGGCCGCUGACCUCCUGUUGGUCUUGUGUUUGCCGUUCUGGGCCAUCAACAGCAUCGAUGGGUUUAACUGGCGAUUCGGCUCGCUCAUGUGCAAACUAGUCAACACAGGCAUCAGAAUGAACAUGUUUUGCAGUAUUUACUUGCUAGUGUUGGUAAGCGCCGACCGCUUCAUUGCACUGGCCCACGCAUUGUCACGCGGUAGAAUGAGGCGACCGCGGUGCGCCAAGCUCAACUGCAUCGCCGUCUGGGUUUUCGGAUUAAUCUUCAGCAGCCCAACGCUUCAUUUCCGGGACACUCGAUUCAUCCCGGAGCUGAACAUCACGGCAUGUAUUCUGAACUAUCCGAACCCCAACAUCGGCCUCGUGUGCGACAUUCUUCUCAUCUUGCUGGGCUUCAUCGUCCCAUUUUUGGUGAUCUCCUACUGCACGCUGAAGAUCAUCCGAGCGUUGCGUGAGCAGGUCAUCGACCGCUUCAAUGCGGAAAACACUGAAAGGAAAGCCACCGUCCUGGUGCUGGUGGUGCUGAUGGUGUUUCUCUUGUGUUGGGUGCCGUUCCACCUUGUGACCCUCAUGGAUAUCCUGAUGCGCUUUGGCAUCUUCAGCGGAUGCGACUUUGAAACCGCUGUGGACGUUUCCAAUCAGAUAUUCACCUACUUGGCUUUGAGCAACAGCGUGUUGAACCCGAUACUCUACGUGAUCGUGGGCAAGAACUUCAGGAAGAAGGUCAAAGAGCUGAUGAAGCAACUUACGGAAAAAAAAAAUGAUUCGACAAGCAGUUCUACAAGAUCACAGCUUUCGUCAACCUUAAAGACCUUCACGACAUUUUAAGAACAUUAUGUACGAAAUGUCAAUAGGCACAAAUUAAAACGAUAAUUUAAUGUUUGUUUAAUAAUUUUGACGGAAGUUGUAAAUAGAUUAUUGAUGCAUGUUUUACAAGAACAUACUAUUUCAGUGUUUCUAUUUCAGAUUUAAUUCAGCAUGUUACUUGCCAUUUCUUUGUAAUCCUUCGUCAAAUUUACAGAUCUUCACAAGAUAUUAAGACCAUUAUGCAUCAAAUGUCCAUAGGUACAAAUGAACCCUUUCAUGUAUGGUGUCCACUACAGUGGACCGAUAUUUGGAAGCCAUUUGAACCAUUAAGUUGUAGCAUCAUGUCCCAACCAACAACUGGUGAACCACAAAAGUGUUGUCUACGAUUACAUUUAAUUGUUGUCUUUAUAUCAUUUUUUGCUGUUGUUGUUGUUUUGAGAUAUAUUGCAUAAUGUAUUCAAAAAGGCAGAGGGAAGAGGAGAUGCACCAAGUGCCUCAGGAAUAGGUGUUAAAUCCAAAAAAAUAUAUUUCAGCCAAAUAGGAUGUCAGAAAUACUUUCAUCCAGAUUUAAACAAUAUUUUUCUUAU